GGCCUAUUUGUCUGGAUGCUAAAGGCAAAGGAAGGACUGGUUUACUUUCAUGCUACCAACAGCGCUGUGUCAGAAGCUGUCCGUGAGCAGAUCGGCCAGUUCCUGCAGCUACUGAAAAACAGGUCACUGCUUUAUGAGACUGAAGCCAGGAACAUCCCCAAAAGGCUGAAGCAAAACAUGAUUAACCAAGAAAACAAGAGGCAGUGGAUUCCCCAUUCAUCAUGUAAGAAUCCCAGGGCAACCUGCAGCCUGCCAGAGGAUGAGAAGGAGACUGAUCUCUGGAAACAGAUGUACCUGCUUCUGUUUGGACCUGUGAAUGAGCUGCUGGAUGAUUUGCAACAAGGCAGCAACAUUUUGAUUGUACCAGACAAAUAUCUCAUCCAGAUUCCCUUUGCAAACCUGCCGGAUUUGAAGAAUAAGACACUGGCAGAGAGGUUUUGGGUUACCCUCGCACCGUCCCUGUUUGCGGUUGAAGUUGUGGCUAAUUUGCUUGAAGAUGCUAGGAAUAAAACAGAAAGUAGAUUAACAUCAGACAUAAAAUCAGGGUCUGUUUCAACAAUGACAAUGCUGGAACAUAUGGGUGGCUCUCAGCAGGAACUUCACGGUUUGCAGAAGGUGGGACUCAUGGACACUGUGAGUCACCUGGUUCACUGUACAUCCACCAACACAAUUGUUGCCAGCUCACCAUACAUCAUUCUUCCAUUCAAGCAGGUGGUCGGCAAGUCUCGGGCUCUGGUUUUGGGAAGUCCACAUUUCCCUUCAGCGUUGUCAUUAUGGGGAAGACUUUGGAAGCCCUGGGGCCCAUUGAUUGGAGCUCAGAAGGAAGUAAUCAAAGUGGCCGAGUACCUACAAACAGAGGCAGUCAUGGGUGAACAAGCAACUAAGAAGCGUGUGCUCAGCGAACUUCCACAACUUACUGUUGUGCAUAUUGCAACUUAUGGUAGCUGGGAGGAAGGUGUUUUGCUCUUUACUCCGCAUCCAUAUCCAGCUGCUGGAGAGCUCAUGGAGGAGCGCUCCUACUUACUGACCAUUCCUGAGAUCCUUGAGUUAAAGCUGAAGGCCAAGGUUGUAGUCCUGUCUAGCUGUGGAGAUGGAGGUACUACCCAGGAUUCUGUGCCAUCUUUGAUACUGCCCACUGCCUUCCUUAGAGCAGGAGCCUCGACUGUGCUGAUGCAGAUUAAAUCGGUUCCCCUGCAGGCCUCUCUCACCUUCUAUCACCACUUCUACAUUGCCCUCUGGUACGGCUCUUUGGUCAGUUACGCUGUGGAAUAUGCAAAGCAUCAGAUGCAGAACGAUGCCAGAUUUGGGAGGUACUGGUGUAGCUUUGUGCUACUUGGAUUCGAUGCAUUUGUCAGUUUGCAGGACAUCAAAUGUGACAUGUUGCACCAGGCCAUGGAGAAUGCGGAACAGGAGGUAGCUCAAAGGGACAAAAAGGACUGGCUGAAUCCUGAACCAUACGCCCCUCCAGUUCCAGAUCAGGAGGAACUUCUUUCAAAGAUACAGAAGAGUGUUGAAGAACUUCUUGUGAAUCAAGGCUCCAUGUCAGCAGUAUUGAAACUGCUUCAUCUCCUGAUGAGUGAAGCAGCCAGGAGACUCUCUAACACCAACACAGAUCAUUGCACGGUGAAGUUGACUGCAAAUAUAAUCAGCAUUCCAGGGGUAUAUUCCACACUUAAGUUAUUGGGAUUUCACUUCCAGUCAUUGGCACCAUUCCCUCCCAAAGUGGACAACAGGAACUUCUGGCUGACAAGGGGAAAGACAGCAAAUGCCAAUGUUGUGAAGGAUUCUACACCAACCCUUUCCCAUGCCCAUCCAGUGGCUGUUCUCUUCCCACACUGGAAUCAGGACAAACUGCUUCGCAAUGCACAGCAAGUCAUUGCCGCUCUUAUUGAUCUCAGUGCCUGCAAACAGUGUGUCAACGCCUUAAUCUGGAUCCUUCCCCUGACCUGUGAUGUAUUAGAGCAGCUCAUCACUUUGCUGGAAAAAUCUCAAUCAUCUCCCAUGUUCUGCCUGAAACUAACGGAGAAGGGAGUUGCCGCACUUUGGAACAAGCCACACAUCAGAGACUUCCUGCAGGUCAUUGGAUAUGAACAGGCUGGACUCUUCUUGCUGCACAAUCCCAGGACCCAAAACAAGUCAUUGCUUCUGGGGAGUCUCAACCUUUUCCUGGCCCUCCACCCACAGUCACCACAUAGACAAUGUAAGCUGGACCCCCAGGAUUGCUCUUCAGCUGAUGUGAGAGUGCAACAGUCCACACAAUGUCCUCAGGAACCUUCGGCACUGAGGGAGGAUCAGUCCACACAGGGUCCUCAGGAAACUUCUGCACUGAGGGAGGAUCAGUCCACACAGGGUCCUCAGGAAACUUCUGCACUGAGGGAUGAUCAGUUCACACAGGGUCCUCAGGAAACUUCUGCACUGAGGGAGGAUCAGUCCACACAGGAUCCUCAGGAAACUUCUGUACUGAGGGGGGAUCAGUCCACACAGUGUCCUCAGGAAACUUCUGCACUGAGGGGGGAUCAGUCCACACAGGUUCCUCAGGAAACUUGGGCACUGAGAGUGGAUCAGUCCACACAGGGUCCUCAGGAAACUUCGGCACUGAGAAAGGAUCAAUCCACACAAGGUUCCCAGGAAACUUCGGCACUGAGGGAGGAUCAGUCCACACAAGAUCCUCAGGAAACUUCGGCACUGAGGGAGGAUCAGUCCACACAAGAUCCUCAGGAAACUUCGGCACUGAGAAAGGAUCAAUCCACACAAGGUUCCCAGGACUCUUCAGCACUGAGGGAGGAUCAGUCUACACAGGGUCCUCAGGAAACUUCAGCACAAAGAGAGAAUGAGUCCACACGGGGUCCUCAGGAAAGUUUGUUAUCAACAGAUGAACAGUCUAGUCCAAGAUCUCAGGAAAGCUUGGCACCAAGAGAGGAGCAAUCUAGUCAGGGCCCUCAGGAACCUUUGACAGGCAUUUUGAGAGUCAAGAAAGGUGGACCAGGUUCUCGGGAAACCCCUGUAGAGAGGACCAGAAUCAAACAAGGUCUCCAGGAAGCCACAGGAGUCACUGCAAGAGGCAAGAAAACUAAACAGGGUCCUCGGGAAAGCGCUGCAAAAAGAAACAUGAGAAACAGGUGCUGUCCACUGGAAACCUCACUGGCAAGUGAUAAACCGUCUGAACAGGAAGCUCAGGAAUCGACAGCAAACUUUGAGAGAAAGUCACCUGGAAACUCAAAGGUCUGCCUAAAUACUCUGAAACCAUUGCUGGUACUGAGGCACCAGAUUAUGAUGCAGGCCCCGUGGUUAACUGUCAAACCUACUUCAGAGGAAGUGCAAGUUAAGCGUGGUCUGGCACACAGGUUGACGUCUCUACGUUCACAGCAGCAAGCUCACAUACGUAACAUGGAGCUCUGGUACAAGAGGACUCUGAAGGACCUGGAGGGUAAACCAGAGAAGAGUGAAAGCAAAACACAGGCCUGCAGUAUAAAGAAGGUGAAAGUGAAAGGGCCCAGGACCCCGAGCUCCAAUCGCACCCCCAUAGAUGCACCCACACCAGUUUCGCAGACUGUCACACACAACCUCGCUCUGCGUUCAGCUGCACACCAGGUCAUAAAGGAGCAAGAGGGGAGUGUGCAACUCCGACACCGAGCUGAAGUCAAUAACCUUUUCAUGCCUUUUAUUGAUCCAAUGCCUGACAGCGUGUGACUGUGUGUGUGCAUGCCGCCCAGUGUUGGUUCAUGCUGCCUAUACGUCAUGUUAUCUUUAAGCAAGGAACCUAUGCAAAUAUAGACACCCUCAUUUAGUAAAUACCGGUGUAAAUGAGAGCCCAGCAUGUUACAGGCACUGACUUCAAAUGAUCUGACUAUUGAAUAAACUCAGCAACCCAUUCCCCAAGCAGGAGCAGAGCCUGUCUGUGUGGUUAGUGAACAGUUACUGUGCAUGGAGGGGAGGGUAAAUUGAUUUAUUAUUGUCACAUGUACCAAGGUACAGUAAAAAAACUUUGUUUUGUAUGCCAUCCAGACAGAUCAUUUCACCACAUCAGUGCAUUGAGGUAGUACAAGGGAAAAGCAGUAACAGAGUGUAGAGUAAAGUUUUACCUUU